GCCACAGAGGCGCUAGGAAAAUCACGGAGCUGGGACCUUACCACCUCUGCCUCUCUUUCUCUCUCUCUCUCACUCCCCCUCUCUCUCUCUCUCCUUCUCGCUCUCUCUCUGGCCGUCAGCGGACUCCUUUCUCUGCACACGUCUUUCUCUGAAAUGUGUGUGCGCGCCAGGGAGAACGGAGGAAUCAAGUGUGUGUGUGCGUGUGAGGGUGCAUGUCCGGAGCAAGUAAAGGCAGGGGGAUUAUUCGGCGCUAUCGAAAUAUUUCAACACGUCGCCCUCGCUGCAGGACUGGAGCCAAUAAGAAGGAACGCAUUUUAACAGGAAUGCCGAUAUUGUAAACAGCAGCAGCAGAGAAAAGAAUGCGCCGCAGUCAAUUAAGUGACUCACCCGAAGUGGUUCAAUUCGACUAAUGUCCACAAGACAGCGAGACUCGGAGGUGUCCGAUGCGCGUCAGCCUCUGAAGAAAGUCACAGAAGAUUAAUGGAGAACAUUUUGGCAUUUCUCUGUGCAGAGUUUUGACCAGAAAUUCUGCUGAGGACUGCAGAGACUUCACAGCAACUCCUUCUCCAGAAAGUGGAUACUUAUAUUUAUGCAGAACUGAAAGAGGGAUUUCCAAAUUCAGAUUUGUUUUUUGUUUUUUUUCCCCCGUUUUGUUUUUAUUUUUGUUUUGUUUUCAUUUGCUCCUCCAGCGCUCGAGUGGUGCGAGUCGUCAGUCAGUAUUGUUAGAAACAUCGUUUCGCAUCCAACCAGCACCAAAUACUUUUGUUGCCCGCUCUUGGAUGAACUUCCUGAUGAGAGAUCCAGUCAUACAGGGAUCGAGUAUGGCAUAUCAUCCGUUUAUACCUCACCGGGGUCCGGAAUUUGCCAUGAGUGCGAUGCUGGGCCACCAGCCUCCGUUCUUCCCGGCGCUGGCGCUGCCUCCCAGCGGCUCCCUGUCACUGCCGGGCGCGCUGGGAAAGCCGAUCAUGGACCAGCUGAUGGGAGCAGCAGAGACUGGCCUGCACUUCUCCUCGCUGGGGCAUCAAGCCGCGGCCGCGCACCUCCGGCCUCUCAAGACUCUGGAGCCUGAGGAGGAGGUGGAGGACGAUCCUAAAGUUCACCUGGAAGCCAAGGAGCUUUGGGAGCUCUUCCACAAGAAAGGCACCGAGAUGGUGAUCACAAAAUCCGGAAGGCGGAUGUUUCCCCCGUUUAAAGUGAGGUGCACUGGUCUGGACAAAAAGGCCAAAUACAUUCUCUUGAUGGAUAUAGUUGCAGCCGACGACUGCAGGUACAAAUUUCACAACUCCCGUUGGAUGGUGGCCGGCAAGGCCGACCCCGAAAUGCCAAAGAGGAUGUACAUUCACCCGGACAGUCCGGCCACUGGCGAACAGUGGAUGUCAAAAGUCGUCAAUUUUCACAAACUCAAGCUGACGAACAACAUCUCCGACAAGCAUGGAUUUGUAAGUUCAACUAAUACUAUUCUUAACUCGAUGCAUAAAUAUCAGCCUCGCUUUCACAUUGUGAGAGCCAACGACAUUCUCAAACUCCCGUACAGUACCUUCAGGACAUAUGUUUUCCCUGAAACGGAUUUCAUUGCUGUGACUGCUUAUCAAAAUGACAAGAUUACGCAGCUGAAAAUUGACCAUAACCCAUUUGCCAAAGGAUUCCGUGACACAGGCAACGGGAGACGGGAGAAGAGGAAACAGCUGGCUCUGCAGUCCAUGCGUUCAUACGAGGAGCAGCAGAAAAGAGAGAACGGGGCUUCAGACGACUCCUCGGGCGAACAGGCUCCCUUUAAAUGCUUCGGCCAGGCCUCGUCCCCUGCCGUGUCAACCGUGGGCCCCCCACACCUUAAAGAUUUCUGCGACAGCGACGAGGACAGCGACGACGAGAGCAAAGAUGGACAUCACAUCAAAGACGGUCCGGACUCCAGCAAGAUCUCCACGACCACGGAAGACGGGAAGGAUCACGAGGCGAGUCCGGCUAAGGGGCAUCCUUUUAAAAACAGUGACACUAGCAGCAGAAUGCGGGACAGCAGCGGCUCCAGGACUGAGAAGAGCCAGGCGGACUCGCGGCAGAGUCCCGUCACCGUCAUCUCCAGCACCACGCGCUCCGCGGAAGACCUCAAGAGUCCGAGUCUGGAUCCGCCCAAAACGGACGAGUGCAGCAGGUCAAUCGGCAAGGACAGCUUUAUGCCUUUGAGUGUUCAGACGGACAGCGCGCACAUGGGCCACAGCCACUUGCAUAAUUUUGGAUUUCCUACGGGUCUAACAGGACAACAGUUCUUCAAUCACUUAGGUAGCGCGCACCCCUUUCUUUUGCACCCCAGUCAGUUCAACAUGGGAGGCGCGUUCUCGAACAUGGCCGCGGGCAUGGGGCCACUAUUGGCAGCUGUGUCCACGGCAGGGGUGAACACCAUGGACACAGCCAGCAUGGCAUCAUCGCCGCAAGGCCUGACGGGAGCGCCGGGCCUACCCUUUCAUCUGCAGCAGCAUGUUUUGGCAUCGCAGGGCAUUGCAAUGUCUCCGUUCGGCAGUUUGUUCCCCUAUCCAUACACGUACAUGGCCGCAGCCGCUGCAGCCUCAUCCGCUGCGUCAUCGUCCGUGCACCGACACCCUUUCCUGAACGCGGUGCGCCCCCGACUCAGGUACAGCCCUUACUCCCUCCCCAUGACGGUACCGGACAGCACUCUGCUCACCACCGCCAUGUCGUCCAUGGCGGGCACCGGGGCCGACCUGAAGGGAGACGGCAUCGUCCCGGUGAGCCCCGGCGUCACCCUGGAUUCCACGUCGGAGGUGACGAGCCACUCGUCCACCAUUUCCUCAGGCUCGGUCUCCAUGUCCCCAAAAACUUGCGCGGAAAAAGACGCCGCCAACGAGCUGCAGAGCAUCCAGCGCCUGGUCAGUGGACUGGACUCAAAUCAGGACAGGCCACGGAGCGGGUCCCCAUAGGAGCUUAUUUGUUAUUAUGUUUUUCUCCUUUUAAAAAUACACACACACACACACACACAAUCAUCAUCACCUGCUUCUCGUUUCGAUGUUGUCGAGAAAAAAAGAAGACAAAAACACUACUUUUGACACUUGCCUCUAAUGCAGAUUUUUGAAAAGAAAAGAAAAGAAAAACUUAAAGAAACUGUUGGACGUUUUAGUUUCUGAAAUGCACUUUGGUUAAUACACGCCUGAUAUGUAUGGUUCCUUUUCUCCCUCAUCUUUAUCUCUACCUUUUUAUUUUUUGUUAACUUAAACAACACUUUUUAUCCUGUCAUUUGAAUACCGUACAAGUAUUGAAACUGAAAAAAAAGUUGGCAUGGGUGUGACUUACAGAUUUUGGGGGUGAAGUUGCUGCUGUGUUCCGUCUCCCAACUUGAGGAGAAACGUGAUUUUUGUUUGUUUUUUUGUUCUUUUUUUGUAUGCACUCUGAAUUGAUUUGACGUACAUGAAUCCACUCUCGUUUACAGACUGCUGUAUUUUGUUGUACACUAUUUUUCAUAAAAAUUGGCCAAAUUUUGCAUGAUCCACCCCUAACAAAACAAACAAAAAGAAUCUGGAAAAUACUUUGUUUUUCACACAUAUA